GACAAGCUGGUCAGGUGACGCACAAAAUGGCUUCCCCGUGUCAAAGAGAGCAUCACUGAGGCCGGGGCUUGACAGGAGCUGGUGAGAGGAGGGUCGGGUGAGGCUUCGCUGCCAUGCAGAAGAUCAAGUCCCUCAUGACUCGCCAGGGUCUCAAAAGUCCUCAGGAGAGUAUUCAUGAUUUGAGCCCCCUUGAGAACUUCAGGAUUCCAAGCAAGGAGGAACUUAGAGAACUACGGGAACAACCGACUGAUCCUCAGGCACAGCAAGAAAUAAUUAACAGCAUUGAAGAAGUUUAUUUUUCCAAUGAUUCCUUUGAUAUUGUGAAGCAUGAAUUGGAGAAACUGCCUCCUGUUCUUAGUCUACAAGAACUGGAAGAGAACAGAGACAAACUAAAGCAGCAGCAAGCCGCUGUAUCUAAAAAAGUUGCAGACUUGAUACUUGAGAAACAGCCUGCAUAUGUCAAGGAACUUGAACGAGUUACAUCCUUGCAGACUAGCCUUCAGCUAGCCGCUGUCAUCUGCACAAAUGGAAGAAGGCAUUUGAAUGUAGCAAAAGAAGGUUUUACUCAAGCCAGUUUGGGGCUUCUUGCAAAUCAGCGAAAACGACAGUUGCUGAUGGGACUGUUGAAAUCUCUGAGAACAAUAAAAACCCUGCAACAAACUGACGUACGCUUAAGUGAAAUGUUAGAGGAGGAGGAUUAUCCAGGGGCUAUACAAUUGUGCCUCGAAUGCCAGAAAGCAGCUAGCACUUUCAAACACUACAGUUGCAUAAGUGAAUUGAAUUCAAAAUUGCAAGACACUCUGGAGCAAAUUGAGGAGCAGUUAGAUGUAGCGCUUUCCAAAAUCUGCAAGAACUUUGACAUCAACCAUUAUACUAAGGUGCAGCAGGCUUACAGACUCCUUGGAAAAACACAAACAGCAAUGGACCAACUGCAUAUGCACUUUACUCAAGCCAUUCACAACACGGUUUUCCAAGUUGUUCUUGGGUAUGUAGAGCUGUGUGCAGGAAACACAGACACCAAAUUUCAGAAACUUCAGUACAAGGAUCUCUGUACGCACAUUACUUCAGACAGUUACAUUCCUUGUCUUGCUGACCUCUGCAAAGCCCUAUGGGAGGUAAUGCUCAGUUACUAUCGAACCAUGGAGUGGCAUGAAAAAUAUGACUGUGGUGAAUCACCUCCAUCUUCUGAUGGAAGCAAUGUUAUGGGUGCUGAGGAGACCGCUUUUGACCGCAGCUAUGUCAAAAAGAAACUGGAACAUGGACUAUCACGAAUAUGGCAGGAUGUCCAACUGAAAGUGAAGACCUAUUUGCUGGGCACCGACAUGUCAAACUUCAAAUAUGAUGACUUCAUCUUUGUCCUAGAUAUUGUCAGCAGGUUGAUGCAAGUUGGAGAGGAAUUUUGUGGCAGCAAAUCAGAGGUUUUACAAGAAUCCAUUAGAAAACAAAGUGUGAACUAUUUCAAGAACUAUCACAGAACCCGACUUGAAGAACUGCGAAUGUUCUUGGAAAAUGAGACGUGGGAGCUUUGUCCUGUUAAGUCAAGCUUCAGCAUAUUACAACUUCAUGAAUUUAAGUUCAUGGCACAGUCACGUUCCCCUUCGGUAUCACCAAGCAAGCAGCCUACUUCAGAAAUAGAAAGAACUAUCACUCUGUUUGAGCAGUACUGUAAUGGGGGGAAUCCCUUUGAAAUUCCAGCCAACAGCAAGGAUGAUGAGACUGAAGAUGUCCUGGCUUCUAAUGGGUAUGAAUCGGAUGAACAAGAGAAGAGUGCCUAUCAGGAGUAUGACAGUGAUAGCGACGUUCCUGAAGAACUGAAAAGAGACUAUGUUGAUGAGCAGACUGGAGAUGCUCCCGUAAAAAGCAUAUCUCGAGAAACCCUGAGGAGCAGGAAACGAUCAGAUUAUUGUCUCAGUAAAGUGAAUGCUCCAAUUCUGACCAACACUACCCUUAAUGUCAUCAGACUUGUUGGCAAAUACAUGCAGAUGAUGAACAUUUUGAAGCCCAUUGCAUUUGAUGUGAUCCACUUCAUGUCCCAGCUUUUUGACUAUUAUAUGUAUGCAAUAUAUACGUUUUUUGGACGGAAUGACACAUUUGAAUCAACAGGACUUGGCCUCAGCAGCAGUAGGCUUCGCACCACCCUGAACAGAAUCCAAGAGAGUCUGAUUGAUCUGGUAUGUUAUGGAACUUUGUUAGAAUUUUGGAUAGUGAAGGAAUACGAUAAACCUGCUCAGCAUUUGCUUUUGCACCAUACACUUUCACCUUCCUGUUUUCAGGUUUAUCUUUGCAAAUUAUGAAAAGAGUGGUCACAGGGCCUACACAAGAUUUUGUUCCCUUCUCCCUCAUUCUUCCUGUGUAAA